GUGAUCCAUGCAAGAAAUAUGGAGAUACAAGUGCUCGAUUCACUUGGUACUUCACAAGACCGCAAAGACCUCACUGACUCUAUUAAAGGACUGCAAAGACAAAUAGAUAUGAUAUCUCAAUGUAAGGAGUUAAAAGACCACAGGUGGCCAGACCUCCAAGUUGCUUCUUGGCCGCUCAGAGAAAUAGACAUGGGAUAUGCAAAGCAGACAGAUAGCUCUUCAUGUGGCCUCUUUCUUUUGAACUAUAUCGAAUACUGGAUAGGGGAUGAACUGUCUGACAGUUUUACCCAGGAUGACAUGUCACACUUUAGGGAAAAAAAUGGUUGCUAUAUUACUAUCUUCAGACCUGAAUAA